AUGUUCAAAGAGUAUGAGCGAUGCCAUCAAGACAUUUUAGCUUAUAAUACUGAGGAUACUGAAGACAUAUCUGUUACAGAAAGUCACUAUUUUUCUAGUUUAUCUAUUCUAAAUGAUGCAAUUAAAAGGCGAGCGCUUGCAAUGGAAAACACUGAGCCGGAGAUGCCUGAGACCAACAAGCGUCUAUCUACAACAGCGUCCUACAAUAAAAAGGUAGUUUUGGCAGCAACAAAGGCAGCACUGCAGUGUCUAUACCUUGAAGUGCGUUGUUAUUUAAUUGUCACCCUAAGUGUUGUUUGGUAUGGAGGAGUCAAUAGAAGACCUUCUAACACGGUGGGGAAUGCCCGCCGACGUUGUCGUGACAUUCAAAAGAGACUAACUUAUGAGGACUAUACAAUGUUAGCAGGAAAAAUCAUCACUCUUUUUCCUAAAGAGACUGCUGCAACGUAUUUCACUCGUCCUAUUAGAAAGAGAGAUUCUUAUAAUGGCAAAUCAGUUGCUGCUCGUGGAAAGCUAGUGGACAAAGUUCGUAACUACUUGUUUCAAUCAGGAGAAUGUAAGCGCAAAUACCUGAACACAACUGAAAACUCAAAGGUUAAACUUUCAGAAGCUGAAGUUGAAAGACGUAGAAUCUGCAAUAGUUCUGCGGGAAGGCCGCAAAAAGAUUUUGAAGAAUGUAGUGAAAGAUCAAAAAGGAGGAAAACUCAAGAUUUGAGAAGUAGCACAGGAACAUUGGAGUUGACAUAUGCAGCUGAAAUGAAGCUCAGAUCAGAAGGUAAUAUUCAAGCUGCAAAAGUUUUAGCUGAGAUUGUUAAAAGCCCCGACUCUGCGAAAAAUUAUAUUAAGAAAGAUGAUGUUAAAAUUACUAAACUGACAGAAGAUAAAGCACUUUCAUUAAUUACUAAUGCUAAACUCACUAAAUAUCAAUAUAAUAUUAUUAGAAGUAAUGCCCUUGAAGAAAAUUGUCCUCUGUGUGGUGGUCGUCUUAAUGGUGAUGUGAUUGUGGUUGUUCUUAGCAGUGGUGGUGCUGAUUUUUAG